AUGGGUAUCGAAGGCAAUGGCGAAAGGAAGGCCGACGAGACGCGCAUUCGCAGGCUGCAGAAGAUUUUAGGCAGCAAGCGCGCCUCCCCUACUCUCUCCGAGGUUUCUAAGAUGAGGAACGAUUUGGAAAAGCUCACAGAGGAAGUUCACGCAGCAAAGAAGCUCGAGGCUGUAAGUUUCAAAGAGGAAGCUCUGAGUUUCAAAGGAGCCUUGCAUCGCUACGAGGAGAGGUACACCUCUAGCGUCCGGUUUGAUCCUCUAACCAGGCUGAUAAUCUCUCUGGUAAAAGGAAAAGCAAAUUCUAAGGCGUUGCUGUUGAAGGAUUUGCCAGGGACUCAAGCGUCGACAAGCUCGCCAAAUCUAAGGAAGUCAAAUGCGUCCAGUCGAAACAUCGGCCAAACAAAGAGUCAUACCAUCAAUGGCUGCUCUUCGGAUGUUCACAAUGUUGAAGCUCAGAGAAAGGAUGUUGUCAUCUACACAAGCCCGCAACACAUACAACGAACCGUUGCUGCUGUUCGUGGAUGGCUUCGAGAAUCUCCGACUCCACGAGAAUCAACGAGCAAGGAUCAACGUCACGAGGAUCCUCUCAUCCACAUUCCCACAUCCUCGUUAAUGAGCUCCAUCCGAAACGAGGCAAAGCUUUUCAGCAAGCACCACAAAAAGGCAAACAACUUGUCUCGGAGCGAGUCCCAGAGCCCGAGCACACAAGUGGAGUCCAUCUCCGAAGCGUCGGCCAGCGUCAAGGACACAGUGCCCCCGGCAAUGCGAAUCCUGCAGAGAAGAAACAUGAGAAUGGCCGACUUGCUUGGAAGGUUUGCGUUUUCUUUGUUGUUCUUCUCCUUUGUUUUGUUUCUAUGAUUCUAACGCGGAAGUCUUGUGCGCAGCAGCGAAUCCGACGAAGACUGACUGACUCGUUCCAUUUGCGCGUUGGAGGUAAGGUACGUACGUCCUCUUGCUUUGGCUUUUUGCCUUUAGAAGAUCAAAGCAAAAGUGAAAGCUGAAGAACACUACUGUUGCUAAUGCUGUGCUAAAUGAUCAUCUCCAGCACUGAGUGACAAAGAUUUGGCAAAGAUGAAGGAACAAAAUCGAACCCACGGUGUCGAUCGAUCAAACAAAGCAAAGCCUUGAAAAAAAUGGAGAGAGAAAGCGAAAAAAG